UAGUUCUUUGACCUUUAAAGCGUCAGUAUUGAAAUAAAGGUUUAGCGCGCAGCAUUAAAGAACAUUUGAUACAGGCAGCUUUUGUACGUGUGUUUCAGGCUCUGCGUAACACAUUAGCGAAGAUGGUGAAGAUCUUCAUUGGGAACCUGCCUCAGCAGGCAGAAGCAGAAGAAAUAAAGUCUCUCUUUACUCAAUAUGGAACGGUCACUGAGUGUGCCAUUAUCAAGAACUUUGCUUUUGUCCACAUGGACGAUCGCAAAAGUGCAACAAAGGCGAUCCGAAACCUUCAUUUAUACAAACUGCAUGGAACCCCCAUCAACGUCGAAGCGAGUCGGGGCAAAAACCAGGGCCCGGUAAAGCUCCAUGUUGCCAAUGUGGAAAAAGGAUCAGAUGAAGAGCUCAGAGCGAUGUUUGAAGAGUACGGCACAGUUACCGAAUGUGCAAUUAUUAAGAACUUUGCCUUUGUACACAUGAGCAAUUCCGAUGAGGCCAUGGAUGCCAUCAAGGGGUUGGAUAACACUGAAUUCCAAGGCAAACGAAUUCACGUGCAGAUUUCAAAGAGUCGACCAAGAGGCGAGGAGGAAGGCUAUGGCCCCCCGGACGGUGGAUACUGGCCACCCCGUUUCCCUGGUGACCGGCCUGAGCCCCCUGGUUAUCCUAGGGGUCGCCUCGGGUAUCCCCCUGGUCCCCCUCCACCACCACCACCCAUGCCCCCCAGACGCCCCCCAUACCCCGAGCGCGCAGCACCGGCAUACGAGCGUGAACGCGGUGUGGUCGACUAUUACGAGAAGUACCGCGCUCGCCCGUACGGCGUCUCCUCAUAUGAGGAUCGGCGUCCGGGUGCCAUCCCCCCUCCCCCUCCGCCCCCGUCAUCGGGCAUUAUGAGAGAGCGGUUGGCUGGCAACGGCCUUGACCCCUACGAGCGACGCCCCCUUCCACCCCCACCGUCCUCGUACUACGCACGAGACCGCAGUCCCAUCAGACGUGCUCCUCCUGCCCCUCAGGCACCCGCCGGGAAUGGUUACUCAUUCGAGCGAUCUCGUCUGUCCCCUCUCUCCAUGUCUCGGACCCCGAUGUACAGCGUGCCUCGGGCCAGAGACCCCUAUGCUGACAGGGCGGCACCGCCUCCACCACCUGCGCGCUACUCGUAUUAAAGUGCACCACUGCGCUUUUGUAAUCCAAGGUGUAAAUUAUUCAACAAGAUCGUCGUCGUUGUCUCCAGGUGCACGUGCCGCGAUACGUCUUUGUCUGCCAGAGCGCGUUUCGUUCGCCUGCGCACCAUAGUGGAAGAGUUCUGUUGCGGACUGCACAUUCUAUAAAACUACCGCUUUUACACGCAUAAAAUCGUCCUUAUGCUAAAUUGUCAACUGUUUUAUUUUUUGCCUUGUUUUUAUUGUUUAACAUUUGAUAGGUGAGAGAAGCACUAAGCCAGAGUACGUCAAUUAGGUUAACUUGGUGGUUUGGUAAAGACUUAAAGGAACGCAUAUAAAAAAUUAUUCUUCAACUUCAAUGUAUCACACUGUACCUUUUUUACCUUUUAAAAUCUGGAAUGACCUUAUCGUUUGUUAUUAAACUACUGUAACAAGCGCUAUGACAUAAUUUUGAUUUAGAACCAAAAAUUCUUUUGUGUAAAGCAAUUUUUUUUUUUUUUUUUUUUUUUCCUCUCUCUCUAUCUCUUUUUAUUUCCCUAUCUAAGCUAUUUGUUAAAGUGCGGCAUGCAAGUAAGAAUACAAUCUCCGCAGCAAUAAACCUUUCCGUCUACUGGCUUCAUUGAAAUUGUGCUGUAGUGUGCAUUUUAAUUGCAGAAUAUCGCAGUUUAAGGACUUUGUAUCAUUUUUCUUUCAUAGGAACACUUGAAAGUUUUAAUAAAAAGACUGGAACUUG